GACGUCAUUAGAAAGGAAAAAUGGCGGACGGAGAACUGAAUGUGGAUUCUCUGAUUUCCCGACUUCUUGAAGUUCGAGGAUGCAGGCCUGGGAAAACUGUGCAUAUGACAGAAGCUGAAGUGCGGGGGUUGUGUCUUAAAUCUCGAGAAAUCUUUCUCAGUCAGCCAAUCUUGCUAGAACUAGAGGCUCCUUUAAAAAUAUGUGGUGAUAUCCAUGGACAAUACACAGACCUCCUACGUCUAUUUGAAUAUGGAGGUUUCCCGCCAGAAGCUAACUACUUAUUCCUUGGUGACUAUGUCGACAGAGGGAAACAGUCGUUAGAAACUAUUUGUCUACUCUUAGCCUAUAAGAUCAAGUACCCAGAAAACUUCUUCCUCCUCCGUGGAAAUCACGAGUGUGCGAGUAUCAACAGAAUAUAUGGGUUUUAUGAUGAAUGUAAAAGACGAUACAAUAUCAGAUUAUGGAAAACAUUCACAGACUGCUUCAACUGUCUCCCCAAAGCUGCAAUAGUUGAUGAGAAAAUAUUCUGCUGUCACGGAGGACUCUCACCAGAUUUACAGUCGAUGGAACAGAUUAGACGAAUCAUGAGGCCCACAGAUGUACCUGAUACAGGUCUACUAUGUGAUCUAUUGUGGUCAGAUCCUGAUAAAGAUGUCUCAGGUUGGGGAGAGAAUGACAGGGGUGUUUCAUUUACUUUCGGUGCAGAUGUGGUCAGCAAAUUUUUAAACAGACACGAUCUUGAUCUGAUAUGUCGGGCACAUCAGGUUGUGGAGGAUGGCUAUGAGUUCUUCGCCAAGAGACAGCUGGUGACGUUAUUUUCCGCACCCAAUUAUUGCGGGGAGUUUGAUAAUGCAGGCGCUAUGAUGUCAGUGGAUGACACACUAAUGUGCUCCUUUCAGAUUCUAAAACCAUCAGACAAAAAGACAAAAUACCAAUAUGGUGGAUUGAACUCUGGGCGGCCAAUCACACCACCUAGGGGUGGCAAAAAAUAACCUGUGUCAUUUCAAGUAAUUAUUUAGCAGUUUAUACCAUUGAUAAACUCCGCAAGUAAGUUAUACAACACAGCUGAGUUCAAUCCAACUCUCUUCCAUCACAUAAUACACCAACAGACCUAUUGUGACAUCAUAAACAAAACCCAUUGUGACAUCAUAUAAUAAACCUAUUGUGACAUCACAAACAUGCUUCAAUGAGGAAUGCCAUAGUUUGUCUCCAAGUAUACUAUAUAUAUAUAGCAGACAUGUAUAUACUGGCAUACUGCUUUAUGUGUCAGAACACAAGGAAUCAACCAAUCAGAACACAAGGAAUCAACCAAUCAGAACACAAGGAAUCAACCAACCAGAACAUAAGGAAUCAACCUAUCAGAACACAAGGAAUCAACCAAUCAGAACACAAGG